GAUUAGUUGGGACAAGCGCGACGUGGCGUCUCAUCAUUGGUUGAAUAUCUAUAUCACACGCCUUCUUUUCCGCUUAAGUACGCCAGAAAUUCUCCCUCCCUUCUUCCUCAUUCCAGAAUGUGCCGGCUCGAGGAACGAUGGUCCUAUUAAACUGCGCGCUGGUUGGAGUUGGGAGCGUGAUAUCUAUUAUCAUUGAAGAAUGGAAGACGGUGGCUCUCCUGAAGGAUGCGAUCAAGGCGAAGAAGCCAGACACGAUCAAGGGAGAAGCAGACAACCUGCAGCUCUCUCUGGCGAAGAAGGGCGAAGGAUGGCUACCAAUUGAGGACCUUGCUGCGAUAGAAGACGGAGUAGCGGUGCCGGGUUUUGAAAAGGUGUCAUUGGUGGAUACAAAGCGUGUGAAGUACUCGGCCUAUUCGAUUCAGAAAGUGUUGCAGAUGAAAGGAUUGCCCUCACCUCAAACGGAGCAAAUUCACGUGCUGGUGGUGGUUCCGGAGCAAACACAAGGACAACCACGAUUGUGGCUCGUUACUGGGUCCGUCGAUAACGCGUUGAACACGAAAGGGAUUCGCUGCAGACUGUACUGGAUGGCGACGUUACGCAUUGGGUACUACGAUCCUGUGCGCCGCACCCCGGAUAAGAAUGUCGCGUUUUGGUACGAAGGCAAGAAGUUGUGCUUCCAUGUACUGUUCAAAACAGGUGCGUGCUUUUAUAUAUCGUCAUUGCAUCGUAGUGGCGGACUAACUCUUUUUUCGUUUGCAGAAGAUGCUGCUUUGCUAUUCGAAACUGACCUGAGAACUGGCCCGCAAACGUUGGGCUCUCCAUUGUAUGACCAAGUAGUUGAGACGCGCGUUGCCCAAAUUAAUGCUGUGUCUGCUGAGCUUCAGCGCGUCUUCUACGCUGACUAUGUUCCAGAAGAGUCCGAGUCUCAACAAAACACAAUUUCAUCCGUAUCAUUGACUACAAGCGUUUCUAAUUUGGACACCUCGACUGAUGAGUUCGAAUAUCAGCGAAUCGAGCGCAAAAAUCACUUCGUUCCGUACGGCAAGGCAGAAAGCUGUCAUUUGGUGUCAAGAAAGCAAAGCAGAGACCACAAACGAGAAUUUGCCAAGUACGAUCGCGAUCCAAACAAUCGGCUUGCUCUUUCUCGCGACAUGCAUGGUUGGUACGACGGUAUGAGCAUCGAGUUUCCCAUCGUCAACAUGCUCCCCGGAUCCGUUGACAAGAAUUCAUCUAUUGGCAACAGACGCAAGGUGGAGGUGUUCGUGAAGGUUGUAGAUGCACAGUGCACAGAUCGUGUUUUCAGUCGUUUGAAAGAAGGAUCAACCAAGACCGACGAUCCGCUCGUGAUGAAGACGUUUGUUCACGUGGAGGAUCCAGAAACGUUUUGUUUCUGUAUGAGGUGGAAGUAUGAUGACAACGAUAAGCGCCAGAGAAGCUUCUUUGAUAUGACUCCGGCGGUCGAUUGAAUACAAAUAAUAAGUUUGAGGUUCCAGGUUUGUCAAAAAAAUUAGUUUUGAUCCUGAUAAUAUAAAGUUAGUAAUAUACAAAAAAUGGCGUACUCACCUCAGCAAUACCUCGCUAACAAAGA